CCGCAGCACGAACCGAAAGGGAAAAGCUUCAAUUCCUGUAUCAGCAUUUUCGCAUUUGAAGAUUUAGGGUUUUCGGAGACAAUGGCGGAGGAAUCGGAGAAAACAGUGCCGCCGCCGAGUGGCGAAUCGUUGCUUGAUAAGAUCAGCGAGAAGCUGCACGGCCACGAUUCCUCCUCCUCCUCCUCCUCCUCCGAUUCAGAUUCCGAUAAGAAGGACACUUCGUCCAUUAAGGACAAGGUUUAUCGGCUCUUCGGGAGGGAGAAGCCCGUUCAUUCCGUUCUCGGCGGCGGAAAGCCUGCUGAUGUGCUCUUGUGGAGGAACAAGAAGAUAUCUGCUGGUGUACUCGGCGGAGCCACUGCUGUUUGGAUCUUUUUUGAGUUGCUUGAAUAUCACCUGCUUACUCUAGUCUGUCACAUUUUGAUUUUGUUGCUUGCGGGUUUGUUUUUGUGGUCCAAUGCUCAUACCUUUAUUCAUAAGGCUCCACCUCGCAUACCAGUUGUUCAUCUUCCUGAAGAACCAUUUGUCCAAGUUGCAUCUGCGUUGAGAAUUGAAAUCAAUCGUGGAUUUGCUGCCCUGCGUACUAUUGGCUCUGGAAGAGAUUUGAAGAACUUCCUCCUUGUUAUUGUUUGCUUGUGGAUUCUGUCAAUUGUGGGUAGCUGCUGCAAUUUCUUGACCUUAUUCUACAUUGCUUUUGUUUUGUUGCACACUGUACCUGUCUUGUAUGAUAAAUAUGAGGAUAAGAUAGACCCUCUGGCGGAAAAGGCAGCCGUUGAGAUUAAAAAGCAGUAUGCAGUGUUUGAUGCAAAGGUCUUGAGUAAGAUUCCGAAAGGGCCGUUGCAAGGCAAGAAGUUAGCUUAGUUAAGUUUUUUGUUUUGCUAGAAGCAUGUCGAUUUUGGUGGUUACAACGUUUGUUGGAUUUGUAGUCUUCAAUCCGUAAUUAUUUCUGUAAGCUUAAAAUAUGUUAUGGUUUUUACUCCUGAUAAGAAUUUUUGGUAUCUAUUUUUUUUGGUUACGGAUUUCAAGAUCAGUUUAUUUCCUGAUGCAUGUUACUUUAAAAUCAAGGAAAAAGGUGCUCUGUUUAAGG